AUGGCGUCAACGGGCGAUGCGUCGACCGAAGCUUCCACGAGCGAUAGGGAGUACGUCUCUCCCGGCGUCAUUGGCGCGUGCCUCACCAUCAUCCCGAACGCGCUGAUGUGGUACGGCGCCAUCAAAGGUAAAGGGAAGCUCGAGGCAUUCGUGAAGGCUGUCGUCAAGAGCCCCGUCGGCCCUGUCGGUUUGCUCGCUGUUCCGUUCUGCGGGAUGGCCAUGGAGAAGUGCUUCUACGACACGUUGGUGUCGCUGCAGGGCGUGAACCCGAACAUUCAGCCCGAUACGCGGAAGAUGGAGACCUGGCCCGCCGGCGGACACGCGCUGCCGUCCUUCUCCGUCGUGCCCGUGAAGCACAUCCGGGAGUACUUCUAG